AUGAAAUUAACCAAUUUUAUGAUUUUUUUUGCAGAUAACGAUGGUCCAUACUAUUGGCACAUAAAAAGCGGCACCAUCCAAAGGGAAAUCCCUCUUAUAGAAAACAAUAAACUAGAAAAAUCCAAUUCCAAACUGAAUCUGAAAGACGGGAACCUAAUUUCGUCGUUUGAAAACAAUUUAUCAGUAACGCGGAGCAGUACUAGUUCAGCUUUAAAUUUGGACGGCGACGACAGGAAGAGGAAAGAAGAAAUAGCGUUAAAACGAAGAAGUUUUCCUUCGAAACCAGACCAAGAUUGCAAAGAACGUCCCAUCAGAUUUGCUGUAAGAUCUCUCGGAUGGGUGGAGAUUUCGGAAGACGAUCUCACUCCGGAAAGAAGCAGUAAAGCUGUAAAUAAAUGCAUAGUCGAUCUCUCUUUAGGCAAGAAUGACUUAUUGGAUGUUGUCGGUAGGUGGGGAGAUGGUAAAGAUUUAUUUAUGGAUUUAGACGAAGGUUCAUUGAAGUUGUUUGAUCCGGAAAAUUUGACAGUUUUAAAUACUCAGCCAAUCCACACUAUCAGAGUUUGGGGUGUAGGAAGAGAUAAUGGGAGGGAUUUCGCGUACGUAGCAAGAGAUAGGACCACACGCAAGCACAUGUGUCACGUGUUUAGGUGCGACAUGCCAGCCAGAACCAUCGCCAACACACUAAGAGAUAUAUGCAAGAAGAUAAUGAUCGAAAGAAGUUUGCAACAGAAUUUAGGAAAGGCUAUCGAUGUGAAUGGUAAAUCUCUAGCUACUAGACCAAAUAAUUUACCGACAGAACACAGACGUCCAGCUAGAAAUUCUCAAAUUUUUGUUUCUCAAUCUUUUCCAACACCAAUGGAAGAACCAAAAAAGAUCCUCCGAGCCCAGUAUUUAGGUUCCACGCAAGUGUCCGCAGCCACUGGAAUGGACAUCUUGAACGAAUCUAUAGACAGGUUGGUGGCCACAGUCCCGCGAGAACAGUGGCAGCCGGUUAAUAUAUCGAUAGCUCCAUCUAUGAUUAGUAUCCAUCAUCCAAAUGUAAGUAAUCUGUUUUUCAAUAUUUUUAUUGCAUUAAGUCACCAAUUAUAUUAG